AUGGAGCACAAUUUAACCCAGAAAAGACCCCCUUUGACACCCCAUCGUCUCGCCUCUAUUUACCUUCAUCAGGCCAAGACCGUCCCAUCAGAUAUCACACAGACUCUGCUGAAUCUGGCGGAGUGCAUGGAGCACGACGACAAGCGUCUCGCAGCCGACCACACAACACUAGCCGAAUACGCAGCCAACUGCCACGCCUAUGCAAAGGCACUGCACUACAGAGAGAUGCAAUUCCAUCAGGACUCCAAAAACCCAGAAGUGAUUGAGAAAUUAAUCGCCAUCCUCAACCAGCUCAAACAACCCGAAGCCGCCGCAGGCAUCCUCACGUACGCCAAGAAGAACGAUACUCAGAUGAGCAUUCAGGAGCAUUGGUAUGUG